AUGGCAGCGGACUACCCUCAGGCCGUGACAAAAAUUAUCUACUAUGCUCGAGAAAAAUACUUCAACCACAUCAUUCACCUGGCAAACAUAGAACUAUCAAGGUGUGCUAAUGAUCCAUUGAUGCUGUUCUUCAAGGCGUUUGGGACCUUAUUUAUUGGCCAAAUCCAAGAAAGCAUCUCUCUGCUGGAAAGUGCCCAGAAACGCCAUGUAGAUGUCUCAUUAUGCUGCAUCCAGGCUCUUCUUCAUGCACACAGAAGUCUUCAAAAUGCUGAUUCCUCUGCUAUUUCGGAGUUAGUUAACAAAUUAAAGGAAAUGGAAAAAACUGCUGGAAGCAAUGCCUUGUAUUACUCUGCAAUGUUCCUGUGGCUAAUUGAAAAGAAUGAGAAGGCAAAGGAGCAAAUUGACAGAAUGCUGCAAAUAUCUAAUGGUGCAGGAGAGGGGCUGAUUUUAAAAGGAUGGAUAUAUGUUACAGCUGACAAACAGUAUGCUGUUAAGAAGUCUAUCAAAUUCUUGGAUGAAGGGAUUCAAGACAAUACAAAUCUACUUGGGAUGAUGGGAAAGGCAACAUAUUUCACAGCACAACAGAAUUAUUCGGGCGCUCUGGAAAUAAUUAGCCAGCUAGUGGUUAGUUUUCCUUUUUGUAUACCAGUCCUUGUCACCAAGAUGAGAUUACAUUUAGCACUUCAAGACUGGGAGCAAAGUAUAGAAGAAAGUAAAAGAAUCCUGUUCAAAGAUUCCCAUGAUAUUGAUGCACUCCAAAAUACUGUUGUAUAUCAUCUCACUGUGACUGGGAAUAUAGUUUUGGCACUGCAACAACUCAAAGAGCUUAUCAGUGCUUUGGAGCUAAAAGAACCCCAAAGAUCAGAACUUCACCUUAAAAAAAUCCUUGUGGUCAGUAGGCUGUCUGGGAAGAAUCAAGAAAUCCUGAAGGAAGUGUAUGCAUUUAUUAAAAACUCCUGUCGCAGACUAACAUGCACUGAUGCCCGUUUUGCAAACGAACUAGGAUAUCAACUGAUCCUUCAAGGGAAAUGGAAAGAUGCUCUUGAAUGGUAUAACAAAGCUGCAGAGAUAGAAGAAAACACUAUAGAAUCACUAACAGGUGUUGUCUGGUGCUCAGUGCUGGGAGGAAAGCUAGAGGAAGCAGCAGAACAGUUGGUGUUCCUAAAGGAAGUUCAGCAAUCAACUGGAAAAUCUGCAGUCCUAGUUUACCUUCAGGCUGUGAUUGCUUCAAGGCAAAGGAAGAACGAGCAGGCUGCCAAUGCCCUGCUCAACGAAGCUGUAGAACUCCAUUUUUCUACUUUGCACGGUCUUCCUCUGAGCAUUGAAUAUUAUGAAAAGCUCAACCCCAUGUUUCUGAUUGAAAUAGUGAAAGAGUAUUUGGUCUUUUGUCCCAAGCAGCCUAGAUUACCUGGUCAGGUUUUAUCCUCUCUUCUUAAACAAGCAACAAUCAUUUUGAAUCCAGUUGUGAAAGCAGCCCCUGGGAUGAUACAGCCUCUCUAUCUAAUGGCACAAGUUAAAUAUUUAUCAGGAGAGAUUGAAACUGCCCAGGGUACCCUGCAACGUUGCUUGGAGCUGGACCCUGCAUCAAUAGAUGCCAAUCUGCUUAUGGCCCAGACUUACCUCGCUCAGAGAAAUGUUAAAGAAUGUGCCCAUGCACUGGAAACAGGGGUCAGCCAUAACUUCCAGCUUCGUGAUCAUCCAAUGUACCACUUCAUCAGGGCGAGAGGACUCAACAAAGUCGGGAACUACCCUGAAGCCAUUAAAGUCUUGAAAAUGCUUCUCAGCUUACCUCAAAUGAAAGGGGAAGCUAAAAAAGGCACAGGAGCUCUUCUAACAACAAAUGAACAAGUUUCCAUAUUCCUGGAACUAGCUGAAGCUCUUCGACUCAAUGGGGAAUUGCAUGAAGCUACUAAGAUUAUGCAAGAUACCAUUAACGAAUUUGGUGGGACACCAGAGAAAAUCCGUAUCACUGUUGCUAAUGCAGAUUUGGCUCUCAGUAAAGGGGAAGUGGAUUUAGCCUUAACUAUGCUGAGAAAUGUCACACCAAAACAGCCAUAUUACAUCGAGGUUAAAGAAAAGAUGGCUCAGAUUUAUCUUAAUAUCCGAAAGGAUAAGAGAUUGUACAUUGGAUGCUAUUGUGAGCUGUGUGAAAAUGUGCCAGGCCCUCAUACAAGCCUUCUCUUGGGUGAUGCUUAUAUGAAUAUUCAAGAGCCUGAGAAAGCUUUGGAAGUUUAUGAAGCAGCUCAGAAAAAAAAUCCCUUGGACGCAGCUGUGGCAAGGAAAAUUGGUCAAGCAUAUGUAGACACCCAUCAGUACAACAAGGCUAUCAAUUACUAUGACGUCGCUCUCAAAAUGAGUGAGGAGGACUUCUUGUGUUACGAUCUUGGCAACCUCCUCUUAAAGCUGAAAAAGUUCGGCAAGGCUGAGAAAGUUCUAAACCAAGCACUGGACCAUGACCCCGUUGAUGAUCUGCCCUCUAUGAUGAAGGAUGUCAAGAACAUAAUGUUACUAGCAAGGGUUUAUAUGACAUCUAAAAAAAAAGAAACCGUUCUGGAAACUUUGCAAAAGGCAUCGGACAUUCAGCAAAGAAUACUGAAGCGAAUCCGAGUAGAACAGCCUGAACUUAUCCCUCUUCAGAAACAAGUGGCUUUGGCAAUCUGUAUGCAGUAUGCUGAGUUCUACCAAGCUGAGAAGCACUAUGUAGAAGCUGUGAAGUACUAUACAGAAGGCCUGUCCUACGUCCCAACUGACAGCAAAGUAAUGCAAGAACUAGCUCGCCUCUGUUUGAUGCAAGGAGAUACAGAGCAGUGCGAACAUUAUUGUUCCCUUCUGCUUGAAAGUGACAGCAGCAAUGAAAUCGGAACAAUGAUUAAGGCAACUCUUCUGUUUGGCAAACAGGAGUAUGUAGAAGCCGUACAACUUUACCGAAAAAUUUUGGAGAAAACGCCAGAUAAUUUCAUAGUCAUGGAGAGCUUGAUCGAUUUGCUAAGAAGAAGUGGCAAACUUGAUGAAGCUACACCUUUUUUUGCAAUGGCUGAGAACAAAUCAACUCGAACGCCAUUGGAGCCCGGCUAUAACUACUGCAAGGGACUGUAUUGCUGGUACAUGGGGCAGCCAAAUGAGGCCCUGAAGUUCUUCAACAAAGCUCGUAAGGAUAAUGACUGGGGCCAGAAAGCCCUUACUAACAUGAUUCACAUAUGUCUUAAUCCUGACAAUGAGAUAAUUGGUGGAGAGGCUAUUGACAAACAAAAUGGGGAUGCAAGCAUUCUAAAGGAAAAAAGGGAAUCUGAGCAGCACGGGAUCCGCACAGCUGAGAAGCUCCUCAAGGAGUUUUAUCCCCACUCUCAAGAGGAUCUGAAUCAAGUGGAGAUGUUGCGGAGCUACUGUUUAAUGGCCACCAAAGAGAAACUUAAUGUGGAAAAGGCCUUGAGAAAAUUUACAGAAAUAGCCAAUAUUGAGAGGGGAAGUGUCUCAGUAAUACUGGCAAUGUCUCAGGCGUACCUGAUUCUCAAAUACUCAGCCAAGGCCAGGACCCACCUGAAGCAGUUGAGCAAAACGACUUGGUCCUUGGCAGAGGCUGAAGCGUUGGAAAAGGCUUGGAUUUUGUUGGCAGAUCUAUUUUGCGUAUCUGGAAAAUACGACCUUGCCACUGAGAAACUGAACCGCUGCAUACAGUACAAUAAGUCAUGUUUUAAAGCUUACGAAGGCUUGGGAUUUAUCGCAGAAAAUGAAAAGGCCUACAAAGAUGCGGCAGCUAACUAUGAGUUAGCUUGGAAAUAUAGUAACCGAACAAAUCCUUCUAUUGGAUUUAAACUUGCUUUCAAUUAUCUAAAAGAUAAGAGAUACGUGGAAGCAAUAGAUGUUUGCCAUGUUGUGCUGAAGUUAUGCCCAGGUUAUCCAAAAAUUGGAGAAGAAAUUUUGGAAAAGGCUCGGGCAGCUCUCAGAUUUUAG